UUGGCAACAUUGCGGAUGGCUAUUGGAAUUAUUUUUAUUUUUAAAUUUAAAAUGUCGGAAAAAAGAGAACUGGAAGACAAUAAUAGUGACAAUGAAUGGGUUGGUCCGACACCUAGUGAAGCUGCUCCUGUGAAAAAACAAAAAGUUUUGGAGUACGAACAAGUUUACAUCAAUAAUUUACCUUCAUGCGAAUGUUAUGAAAAAUCUUACAUGCAUAAAGAUGUAGUAACUCAUAUAUUAGUUACAAAAACGAAUUUUCUGAUGACUGCGAGCAGUGACGGUGCUGUGAAAUUUUGGAAAAAGCAGGAUGAGUCGAUAGAGUUUGUUAAAAAUUAUAAAAGCCAUACGAAAGCUAUCAAAGGUUUAGCGACGAGCUAUGAUGGAGUUUUUGCUGCUACUGUUGGUCUUGAUAAAGUAUUAAAAAUUUAUGAUGUCACUAAUUUUGAUAUGAAUAAUAUAAUUGAUUUACUGUACGAACCAUCAUGUGUUGAAUGGGUGUAUUCAUCUGGUGACGCAAUACCAGCAAUAGCUGUCGCCGAUCAAAAUUCACCAAAAAUAUAUGUUUACAAUGGACAAGAAACCAGCCAAAUUCUUCAUGUAUUUGAAUCAUUACAUCUUAAGCCGGUCAUUGUUAUGAAGUUUAAUGUAGCUUACGAUACUUGUAUAUCAAUUGAUCAAGCUGGAAUAUUGGAGUACUGGACCGGACCAAAAACGCAGUAUAGAUUUCCAAAGAAAGUGUCUUUUGAAUCAAAACUAGACACUGACUUAUUUGAAUUUGCUAAGAAUAAAACUUAUCCGUGUGGCUUAGCCAUUUCUAUGGAUGGUAAACGUUUUGCGACACUGAGUGGCGAUCGUAAAAUAAGAAUAUUCAAUUUCAUUACUGGUAAAUUGUAUCGAGUGUUUGAUGAGUCUUUGCAAAAAUUCAGUGAACUUCAUCAAAUGACACAACAACUUCCAAAUAUGGAGUUCGGUCGAAGAAUGGCAGUUGAACGUGAAUUAGAUAAAACGAAAACUAAUUUAGGAAAUAUAAUUUUCGACGAAUCAGGUUAUAUAAUAAUGUAUAGUACAAUGUUGGGAAUAAAAUUAGUAAAUAUAUAUACAAAUCGUUGCAUUAGAAUAUUAGGAAAACCAGAAAAUAUCCGUCCAAUGCAAUUAGCAUUAUUUCAGGGUAAGUCACGACAAACAGGAGCAGCUGUGACCGUUGAAAUGCAAGCCGCAGACAAUCCAACCCUAGAUUUAAUAAAACCCGACCCGACACUUUUCUGCACAGCGCAUAAGAAAAAUCGAUUUUAUUUAUUUUCACGGCGAGAACCUCAAGAAAUAGAAGGCCAAGAGAGUGACAGAGAUGUCUUUAAUGAAAAACCGUCUAAAGAAGAUAUCAUAUCUUCAACAGAAGCAAGCAUAAUGCAAAAGAUUUAUGAUACGGCUAUUAUUCACACAGCACUUGGUGAUAUUCACAUAUCGUUAUUUGGAAAAGACGUUCCCAAGACGGUUGAAAAUUUUUGUGUACAUUCGAAAAAUGGAUACUACAAUAGUCAUAUAUUUCAUCGUGUUAUAAAAGGAUUCAUGAUUCAGACGGGAGAUCCCACUGGAACAGGAACGGGUGGUGAAUCUAUAUGGGGUGGAGAAUUUGAAGACGAAUUCAGACCUCAUUUAAAACAUGACAGGCCUUACACAUUGAGUAUGGCUAAUGCUGGUGCUAACACCAACGGCAGUCAAUUCUUCAUUACUUUGACUCCAACGCCUUGGUUGGACAACAAACAUACGGUAUUUGGUCGAGUGAUAAAAGGAAUGGAAGUUGUACAAAAUAUAAGCCAAGUUAAAACCAAUCCGAAGACGGAUAAACCUUAUGACGACAUAAGAAUAAUUAGCAUUACAGUUAAAUAGAUGUAACUAAACUCUUUUCUAUGUUUGUAUGUCAAGGAAAAUUUUAUUAUAAAUUAAAUAAACUU